AUGGCUGCCUCCCUCAGAGAGAUUUCACCAGAGCUGCGUGAAAGCAUCACCGAUUUCCUAGGCAUGCAGGAGGUUUCCCUGCUGACUGCUCGACUCCAUGUCAAAUCCAAAGUUGAAGAUACUGUCCUGGUUUUGUUGCCCUGGCGAGCUCUUGUGCUGCUGGCAAAGCUCCCCAUCAAGGUCCAAGGCAGCUUCAGCUUCUUAGCACUGCAGCUUAUCAAAAUGGGAGAAGCAAGCCAGGUUGUCAUAGAAACAGAUACGACCUAUGAAUUUGAGUUCCUGUCAUUGGAUGAUUUGGAGUACGUGGUCAUUCAUAUGAUUGUGUUUCUUAAGAAGAUCUUUCCAGAUUCUUCACCUUGGCAUCUACUCCAGAAUGCCUCCCCCAGCUUGCUGGACAGAAUACAAAAGAUAUCAAAUUCCUUGGAAGAAGUGCUGAAGGAAAACCGAGGGCCAUGUGGUGGUUUCUCAGAGAUGUAUGCCGUGCUGUGUGACUACAGCGGCCUUCCUUUGCGAGAGGAGAUCCAAUGGGACGUGGAUAAUAUCUAUCACAAGCAAGAAUGCAAAGAGUUCAACCUACAGGAUUUUGCCUACCUGGACAGCCACGACUUGGCUCUCAGUGUGGCUGCCCUGUCUUUUAAUCAGUGGUUCACACGGUUGUAUUGCAAAGACGUCAAGCUGAAUCUAGAUAUUUUGGACCAAAUCCUCUACGUGCUCAGCAAGUCAGUGACUUUGGAAGAACUGGUGUUAGAAAACUGUGGCUUGAAGUUAGAGUUUGCCCAGCGGAUGGCCCAGGUGCUCAGCAAUCACCCUGACUCUGCCCUGAACAUGAUUAAUCUCUCUGGAAAUCUGCUGGAGGACCGAGGCAUAAUAGCUUUGAGCCAGAACUUUGAGCGAUGCUUCAAGAGCCUCCAAAGCCUGAGUCUUGCUAGAACCUCUUUGACUUCAAAAGGAAUGAUUGCCCUUUGCCAGUCGCUGGUCUCCAAUGGAUUAUUCAGAACCUCCCUGGGCCACCUAGACCUCUCUGGGAACCCGGGGAGUUUGGCCACUGACGAUGCAGGUGGCUUGUAUUUUUUCCUGAGCCAGCCAAACGCCUUGGCUCACCUUGACUUAUCUGGGACAGACUGCGCGUUGGAUCUGGUCUUUGGUGCUCUGGCUGGUGGAUGCUGUGGGAGCCUUGUCCGUCUGAACCUCUCCAAGAAUGUUUACUCUCACAAAAAGAACAAGGAGGUUCCUCCUGCGAUCGGCAAGUUCUUCAGGAAGGCCUCUGUCCUCCAACACGUUUCAUUGUCUGGGACCAAGCUACCGCCAGAAGCUUUGAGAGACUUGCUGCAGGGAUUGGCACGUAACUCCCAGUUGAGUGGCCUGCAUCUGGACCUCAGUAGCUGCGAGCUGAGAUCAGCCGGGGCCCAGGUAAUCCAGGACCUGGUUGUGGAUGCCAGCUCAAUUGGUGAUUUGAAUUUGGCUGACAACGGCUUUGAUUCUGACAUGGUGACGUUGGUGUUGGCCAUCAGCCGAAGCAGAUCCAUCAGGCAUGUUGCACUAGGAAAGAACUUUAAUAUCCGGUCCAGAGAGGCCCUAGAUGAUAUUUUGCACAGGAUUGUUCAGCUCACUCAGGAUGAAGACUGUUCUGUCAAAUCCCUGUCAGUGGCAGAAUCCCGCCUGAAACUGGGAACCAGCAUUCUCCUGGAUAGCUUGGGAAGCAGCAACAGUAACCUUGUGACACUGGACAUCAGUGGCAAUGCCAUGGGAGACUUUGGUGCCAAGAUACUGGCAAAAGCCUUGCUGAUGAACACAACACUCCGGACUCUAAUUUGGGACAGGAACAACACAACGGUGUAUGGAUUCCUUGACGUGGCUCGUGCUUUGGAGAGGAAUUUCACCCUAAAAGUCAUGCCUUUGCCAGUGACUGAUGUUGCCCAGGCUUACCGAAGCCAUCCAGAGAAAGUUGAGGAGGUUGUACACAAGAUACAAUCUUAUCUCACAAGAAAUCAGAUGCAAGAAACCUUCCCCAAGGAGAAACUGCAGUUACAGUCAGAGAGCACAGCCAGCUCUUCAGAACAGGCUGUGAAGCAUGCGUGCCAGUCUGUGCAGGAGAACAUUGCAAUGCUCAGCUCUGUCCAAGAUGUGGAGGUUAAAGCUGACAUCCGCUGGGCAGAGGAAGCCAUGGAGGAUGCAGAUCUUGCCCUCAGCCACAAGAUGGCGGCCGCAUGGAAACACAGCUUCCACAUGAGCACUCUGCCAACAUUCAAACUAAAUAGUCUAUUGGAACUCGAUUUGAAGGUUGAGGCGGAAGAUAACAAGAUCGGGACUCCCCAGGCUGUGCUGUCACUCAGCCGUGCCUCCUCCGCCAAGUCACGCCCUGCCUCCACAAAGGAUGCUGAGGCUGGGAGCGGGCUGCUUCCUCACGCAGAGCCUGCACCCGCACAAUCCCUUAUGGACCUGCCGACUGCGGGAGAGAAAUUGGAGCAUUACACCCGAGGCAGGCCCAGGCCCAACCGCAGGAACAGACAACCUCCAAGCAAGCCCAAUGUGCAGCCAGCGGUGCGUGAGAACGAUGAAGACCGAAGCAUUGCGAGGCUGGAUGAAGGCCUAGACGAUUUCUUCACAAAGAAGGUGAUUCAUGAGCACUUACCCCCGGUUUCGUCGGAAGCCUCCCUGGCCUUCGCUACCCCCACAUCUUCUGGCUCUCGGACCCUCAAAAAGAAAAUAGGACACUUCUUUGCCUUCAAGAAGCCCAAAUCGAGCCGGGCUACCAGGCCAGAGAAGGAGCCUGAGGGUAGCCCUUCAGCGACAACGAGGGGCAGGAGGCUGAUGCUGAGUGACAUUUUGAGGGCCCCCAGCAAAGCCAGUGAAUCCACGAAAGGACUAAGCAAGUCUGAAGAAGGAGGGCUGGCUGGGGAGAGCAGAAGCCCCUUAGAGCAAAGCCAGACUCCAGACAGUUCUCGCAGGACCAGGGCCAACUACUCCCGGGAAGGGAAAUCUCAGUCCCUGAUACUCCUGUCCGGGGAGGACGAAGAGACGCUCGGGGUGAGACAUGAGAAAAAAAGGCCGUUUGAGAGGAGUGAUGGGGAGCUGCCCAGUUCCUUCGAACAGAGGGUCCACGUCAUGCUGCAUCGGAUCGGUGUCACCAAGGUGUUAUCUUCUGAAGGCAAAAAGAAGCAGAGCAAAGAUGGGGAGAUCAAGAAAGCUGGUUCUGAUGGGGACAUCGUGGACAGCUCGGCAGAGUCUCCUCCUUGCUCCUUGAAAUCACGUACACACUCCAUGUCCACAGGUAAGUACCCCUCUGUGCGAUUAGGACCUGCUGAUGCCACUGGCGGAUCCGGUGAAUCGAGACUCUCCUGGAAAACUCUUGGGAAACAACUGAAUGCAGAGCUCAAAGGCAAAUGUUCAGAACUCAGCUCUUCCCCAAGAAGAGCUUUUGCCAUUCAGGAGCCAGCCAGCCCACGAGAGCAGAAAGGCAGGGAAAGCUGGACUAGCAGUUUACCCCGGAUUGGGAGAAGCGCAGCAGGCGCUCCACCUGUCAGAAGGACCAGCAAUGCGGAAGAAGGACGGGCUUUCUCUGAACUACAGAAUUCAUAUGCUGACGUAAACACGAUUGCGGGAGACAAUCAACCCAAACCCAAACCCCGUCUGAAGCCUGUGGCAAAUCGGAGGGCCAUGUCUGUUCAUGAAGAACAGCUCAGGGACCAAGCCAGUGCGGUAGAGCUGCACCAUACAAAACUCCCUCUUUGUCUGCAGCGCUCCCCAAUCCUGAAAUGGAAGGUUAAGCCCAAGUCCCUGCUGGAACCUGAGCUGCCUGCAUCGUCCGACUCCGCAGGCAGUCCACCACAAGAAAGGACUGUGGCAGCAACUGAGUCAAGGCCCAGAGCAGAUACAGGCGAAGAGCGGCAACCAGCUCUGGAACAAACUCUUGAGAAUGCACAGAAUACAGCCCUAGACCAAAGAACUGCUGUGCCACCCCCCAAGUCACCGGCACAGGAACACUGAGUUGGUGGUAGUUGCUCCUGCAUGACGCCAGCUCAACCAAGGAACACAGAAUGAAGGCUAAUGACUUGAAGCGGCAGUGGCUGGGAGAGUGCAAGCGAUUUGGCACGAGGGGAAAGCAAGCCCCAUUGUGGCUCCUUGGCCGGUAAAGCUGGUGGUGUUUCCAGUGAGGGAGGGUGGCGUCUCAACUCUUGCACGUCUUCUGGGCUGUCUCCUUUUUUUUUACCUUUCGCUCUUGUAUACUCUCAUGUAAGUGCCCAGUGUUCUAACAGCUCAAGUGGGAAAAGCCAAAAAGCCGAGUCUCCCGUCAGGGCUGUUUCUGGCAGCAGUUGUACAGCUGGGAGCUGGUGCAGAUGCUAAAACGUUAGUGCCAGAAAAUGAACCACCAGCAGGAGGGGUGGGAGAAGUAUUUUACAUACACAAAACUUGCCAGUGUUGCAUUGUACGUGGGCAAGAGGGUGGGGCUUGGCCAGAUUGUGGCUUGUAGAAAAGGCUAAAAACAGGGAUGCAGCUAGGCCUCCAAGCCGGGCUCAUCUUUCUCACACUGACAAUCUUGCUCUUUCCUUCAGGAUGGGGGUGGGUGGGGGGAGAAAUAAUCAGUUCUUAGGGGCCCUACUUUCUCUCAUCACAUCCCUUUAUAGCCUAGGUAUCACCUAGGAACAAAACUCCCAUUCUAGGCAGACACCUGCUAGCACC